AUGUCAGACACUGAAGAACCAGCAGCUAAAAUGUCUAAGAUCGAGACUUCUUGUCAAGGGACAGAUGAUGAGUUGGAUGAGGGCCAAGAGGAAUGGCUCAGUGAAGGGAUACUCACUGAUGAUGAUGGAACUACUAUGGCCGACCAAAAUAACCAAACAAAUGAAAGUUUAGAUGAUAGUAAAUUAGCAGAUGAAUCAAUGCAGAAUGAAGAUAGCCAAAUAGUUCAGACACAAAAUGAAACAAGCACAACGAAAGCUGAAGAUAUUGAACAAGCCUUGGAUAGUAUGGAAGGUACUAGUCAGAACUCUGAGAUACCCGAAGCCCUAGGUACAUUCCUAGUUCGCAAGAAAAAGCAUGAAGCAAAAGAAGAGAGUGACAUAGAUGAAUCAAUACAACAAUCUGAUGAUGACGGACAUUCCACUGAUGAAUUACUGAGAAUGCUUGGUGAAGAUGAUCAAAAGACAAAGACCAAAGAGUUAACGAAGAAAGCAAGAGCAGACAGACAUGAUGAUACAAGUGAUGAUGACGAUGUAUUUAAGCAAGCAGAGAACAUAAGAGAAGUGCGCGUGGCAAGAAGUGUUUUGAACAAGAAGGUACCCACAAAGGCGGAGCCCGAGGAUAUGAGUGACGAAGAUACAUACGAUGUGAGACAGCAAAGCGAGAACCAAUCUAUGAAAUACACACUUAAGACUGAAGUGACAAGUGACAGAGAGGGUGACAGUUAUGACUCAUCAGAAGAGGUGACAACAAUGAAGCGAAUAUUCGGUAUGGCGAAGGAGAGAGCCAGCAAAGUUGCAGCGGAAACUACGGGCAAGGCUGGAGUCAUCAGGCCCUCCAUAACAGUCACCAAGAAGGCUGUCAUCGUUGACAAGAGUCGAGGUAAACCACAGUUAAAAACGAUAACACGCGAAGUGCAGAGUAUAAUCAAAAAACCAACUUUCUCGAGGGAGAUCACGCAGCCGAUCAAAGAAGAAUUACAGUAUACUGAAGAAUAUCUGGAUGAAGAUAUGGAGGAGUUUUCUCAGGUGGAAAGUAAACCAAAAUUCCAAGAUAUAAUGAAACCGGAAGUAAUGGACGAGGAAGUGCCUUCCGAUUGUGAUACGAACGUGUCUGAAGACGACUCGUUGUUUGAUGAUUUUCAGUCAUCGGACUCUGAAGACGUGGACGAAUGGUUCACUCUUGAUAUACGAGAUGAAAAGGCCGGUGAUUAUAUACCUCUGUUAGGUUCCAAGGCCCUUAAACUCCUCAGUGAGGAGAAGGAAAGAGUGGAAACUCGAUUAGCCAAUUUGAAAGUCAGUCUCUCUGCUCUCGCGAAGACGGGCAAACAGCAGACAGAGCAAUUGAAGAAGGCGACCGCAACACUUUCUGAAUUGGACGCUGCGCUGAAAGCAUCGUGA